AUGUCUGCCCCAACUAGGCAGCUCGGAAAGCUAUCAAUUGGAGGCAUGCCGACCACUCGAGCACAGACCCAACGAGGAGCCAGCGUUCCUUAUGAAACUGAGCCUCGUUCUGAUAGUGAAUCUGAGGAAGAAACCUCGAGCAGCGAUGAAGAAGUUCCUUCUCAACCCAUUGCGAGAGUGGUUCGCGGAUCCACGAACAUCCCUUACGAUUUGGGAGGGCUCUCUCCAGCGGCGAGAGGGCGAGUUAUGCAUGGCUUAAAGGGUGAAUUCGUUGUCGAUAGAUGCUGUGCUACACGGAGAGGCUUUGAUUUCGAUGUGGCAGACCAUGGUCGCGUUGGACUCAAUGACGGCUCCCUGGUAUGCUCAUGUCGUGACUUCGGGCAAACGAACCUUGCAUGUCGCCAUAUUUAUUGGCUUGUAGAUCAACUGCACCGAGGAUUUUAUCCUGGGCUUCCUCCGCAAGCCGUGCGAAUGUCGGAGACAGGAGAAACGCAGUUCUUCUCGCGUAUAGCCGAGAUGCUGGGGGAUAAGAUAGAAGAAAUUGCCAAGAAGCGUAGCUGGCUAUACUUCCCUGGAGUGACCUCUCCUGCGGAUUCGAGCACCGGUGGGCCAGAAUCGAUGAGUCGCCCUCAGAAAGCCCGCGACAUCCUCUCUGCGUUCAGCAAGUCAGCCAUGCCUGACGAGUUUCGGCCGGAUCUCGUUGAGACUAUUAAUCAACCUCGGACCCCAGAACAGUGUGUGGUGCAAGGGGAUUUUGAAGCUACUAUGUUUCGUCUCGCUGUUCAUGACGAGAAUGUUUAUUCUGGCCUUCGCAAGGUCAUGCCCUCAGGAGCGCGAGCAGAUAUUUUCUUCGACAAAAUCCAAACUAGAAUUCGAAUUUUGUUUGCUGAAUUUGACCGAUAUCGGGAGACUGGCGCCGUGCGCCCGGAUGGUACUGCAUUGGAGAUCCCAGUGGUCGUUGAGGAGCUGAAAAGGAGACUUGAUCAGAUUCAACGCAAUAUCCUCGCUCGCUCUCCACACGGUUCAAUUGGUGCCGCUGAAGCGCUGAUCCACUUGCUGCGAGAAGUUUCCACUCGAAACUACGAUGCUUUUGAAGACGCCGACUGGGACCGCCCAGUUCCUGCUGGAGAACAGGAGGAAGAGCGGAAUCUAUACCUACAACUUAUCGACCAGUCCGGCCACACGGACUCAUUCUUCGUCCUCGACUGCCUUGAAAUUCUGCCCGAUUUUGUUGUACGCCAAUGGACCCCACAGCUGGCAGCUAUUUUCAACGCAAUUCAUGCGAACGGUGCCUCGCUUUCAUACUUGCGCAAAUUGCAGGCAUUGAAAGCUGGGGUAUCUGGUCACAAGAGGCCUGCUGCGGGCUUGCCUGGAACCGACAGGAAGAGAACAAAAUAA